AUAGUCGCUGAACCGUCUGAAGAAAGCGUUGAAGUGUCUCCGGCAUUACGAAAAAUCGAAUAGAUAUCGAUUUGUCAGUCUGGGACGUUGGUUCCAACCACAGUUCCAACCAAAUAAGGGGCUUUCUCUUUGGUGUAAUUCCUUCGGGGGACGUCAGAGGGCGUCGUGAGUCUUUUAUUGAGCCAUUGGUGGUUUUGCCUCGACCAACAUGGAAGGACACCUCCUUGGUUCCAUCAAAUUGGAACCUGAAGACAAUGGAAGCUUUGAAAUCGAUCUCAAAUCAACGGUCGUUCUACCGAUAGAGGCCCAAGAAUGGCCGGACCAAGACCAAGAUCCAAGCCAAUUUUUCCGUUGCUUCAAAUGUGAACAUCCAUUUCACACGGAUCUGGGUCGUCGAAACCAUGAAAGUGUGUGUAAGGCAGGAGGAUCGGAAUCGGAUCUGGUGUGUUCCAAAUUCGACAAGAGCCAUGAGGAAACACUAAACUACCGUGCCACUGUGAUGAUAUUUGAAAAAUCGCUAUUCCAAGACAAAUGCAGGGACAUGGAUGAAGACAUGCCACCAGAACUCAACGAUGUCCCAAAAACGAAAAAAUCCAAGUCGUUUCAGAUGGAUUUGUCGUGCCUUGUGUGUCGGUUGUUGUUCCCAAAUUUGGAACGAUUUGCUCAGCACGAGGUCGCUCACACGUACUUGACCAAGGUUGAACGUACUUGUCCACACAUUUGCGGUGAUUGUGGACAAGACUUUCCAACCUUGGAGGCCGUUGACUUGCAUAUAAAAAGUGGUUCCAAUUCUUGUUCCAACCGACCCAAAGUUAUUUACCCGUGUCGCAUCUGCGAUCGCAUGUUCCAAAGGCGAGACAAACUCCGAGAUCACAUCAUGGAUCAUCUCGGCGGGGUUCUAAGCGAUCCUAAGUACAAAUGCAAGUAUUGCCAGAAGUCCUUUGAAGGCGUUUCUUUGUUCGCCAUUCACCUUCGCAGUCAUCGUGGCCGCGACUCGAUUGUAUGUAAAACGUGUCGGAAAACUUUCCAUUCCGAAUCUGCCCUAAGGAAACAUGAAAGGAUCCAUUCAGGAGAGAAGCCCUUCUGGUGUGGGAAAUGCCCGGCCAGGUUUUUCGCUCGUGAAACACUGAAUCGCCAUCAAAAAGUGCACGCCAAAAAUGCAAUUGAAGAUCCUCUCUGUGGAUCGAUGAAUUCAUGCCAAUCUUGCAACAGAGAUUUUUUAAGGAAAGGAGACCUGGAGAAGCACCUGAAUCUAGUCCAUAAUCAUCACUUUGAUCAAUCCUUUGAUCCUAAAAAAUUGGCGCUUUCUCACUGCUUGAAACCCGUUGCAAAAACUUACGCCAGAAAGCGAGUCGUUAAAAUUGAGUCAUGUAUUUCCAUCAAAAGUGAGCCCUUGUUCGACGAUCAAAGCCUCAUAUCCCUUGACACAAGUUAAUGUAUUUUUUUCUACAAACAGGAACACACUACCCAGAACAUCAAAUUUUAUUCUUUAUUGAGGUCAGUGAUACAUGAUCUUAUCUUCAUUCAAUCAAGGACUUCUCUACCCUUUGAUUUGAUAGAGUUUCACAUUUCCAGGCCCAUGCAAUCCAAUAAAAAGUAUCACACAAUAAAACACAUUUGCAAGCUU